AUGUCAAGGAUACCUGAGAUUGCAGGAGUGAGUCCUAUACAUAAUGGCCAAGUCUGCAGUACGUGGGGUAACUACCACUUCAAGACCUUUGACGGAGACAUCUUUCAGCUCCCCUCCACCUGCAACUAUGUUGUGACCUCACUGUGCCAUAGCAGUUAUGAGGAUUUCAACAUCCAGAUGAGGCGGCAGGUGGUGGACAACCAGCCCACCAUUAGCAAGAUCACCAUGAAGCUGGAUGGCACAGUGGUGGAGCUUUCCAAGGGUUCCAUUGUUGUUAAUGGGAAUAAUGCCACCUUACCAUUCAGCCAGUCUGGUAUUCUCAUUGAAGAGACUCCCUCCUACAUCAAGAUCAAAGCAAAACUGGGAUUGGUAGCCAUAUGGAACCAGGAUGAUUCCUUCUUGGUGGAGAUGGACAUCAAAUUCAGAAAUAAGACCUGUGGUCUAUGUGGAGAUUUUAAUGCAAUUCAGCAAUUUGAUGAGUUCUAUAGCCAUGGUAUGAAAUUGUCCGCUGUCGACUUCGGAAACUUCUGGAAAUUGGAUGGUCCCACUGAAAGCUGUACUGAAAACAUAUUGCCUUCAAAUCAGAAAUGCCCCAAUCUGAAACCAGUUUGUGAGCAGUUGCUCUCCGGUCCUGCCUUCAGCAGCUGUAAGGACUUAUUGGCCAUCGACUCAUUUGUUGAGGCCUGUGUAUCUGACCUGUGCCACUGUGAUAACAGCACCAACUCCUUCUGCCUGUGCAACACUAUCUCAGAGUACUCCCGUCAGUGUGUUCACGCAGGGGGGAAGCCCAAACAAUGGAGGACUGAACAGUUCUGCUAUAAGACAUGCCCCUUCAACAUGGAGUACCAGGAGUGUGGAAACCCCUGUGUUGACACCUGCUCCAACCCUGAGAGAGGCCAGCUGUGUGAGGAACACUGCUCAGAUGGCUGCUUUUGUCCUCCAGGAACCGUUUUUGAUGACGUCAACAAGAAUGGUUGUAUCGCCUUGAGUCAAUGCUCCUGCCGCCACAAUGGAAAAACCUACGCACCCGGAGAGUCUUAUUCAAGCACUUGUAAAGAUUGUUCUUGUGCUGGUGGUCAGUGGAAGUGUGUGGACAAGGACUGUCCUGGCACCUGUGCUGUGGAGGGAGGAUCCCACAUCAACACCUACGAUGGAAAAACCUACACCUUCCAUGGGGACUGCUCUUAUGUUCUGACCAAGGACUGUGAUGGGAUGCAAUUCACUGUACUGGGUGAUCUGGUGCAGUGUGGGCUUUCUGACAGUGAGACUUGUCUAAAGGCUGUUAUGUCCCUCUCAGAAGGAGCCACUGUGAUCAACAUACAACCCAAUGGAAAAGCCUUUGUAAAUGGAAUCUAUUCUCAGCUGCCCUUUUCUGCUGCUGGAGUAACUAUUUUCAGAGCCUCCUCAUUUUUCAUCAUUGUCCAGACCACCUUUGGCCUCCAGUUGGAAAUCCAACUCUCACCAAUCAUGCAGGUCUAUAUUGCUGCAAGCACCGUUUGGCAGCAGAGAACUUGCGGUCUUUGUGGAAACUUCAACAACAACCAAGGAGAUGAUUUCAAGGUCCUGAGUGGAGUGACUGAGGGCACAGCCAUUGGUUUUGCAAACACCUGGAAAACACGAGCCAGCUGCCCAGACAUCAAGAGUAGCUUUGAAAGCCCCUGCAGUUUAAGUCUUGACAAUGAGAAAUAUGCCCAGCACUGGUGCUCUCAGCUGGCUGAUCCUAAAGGGUUGUUUGCUAAAUGCCACACAGCAAUAAGCCCAGACAUGUACAAAGAAAACUGCAUGUAUGACAGCUGUAACUGUGAGAAGAGUGAGGACUGCAUGUGUGCUGCCGUCUCCUCUUAUGUCCACGCUUGUGCUGCCGAGGGUAUUCAGCUCAGCGGCUGGAGAGACACAAUCUGCAACAAAUACUCCACCUCGUGCCCUAGCACCAUGGUCUACAGCUACAGCAUAAAAAGCAGUGAUCGCUCCUGCCGCUGCUACAGCGACUCUGACUUUACCUGUUCAAUCACCUUUGAGCCUGUGGAUGGGUGUGUCUGUUCUGAGGGUUCCUACCUGGAUGAUGAGGGCAAGUGUGUUCCACCAGCCAGCUGCCCUUGUUAUUACAAGGGCUCAGUGGUGUCCCCUGGAGAGGUCAUCAGCAAGGAUGGAACCAUGUGCACCUGCAAGGAGGGAAAACUCCGUUGCAUUGGAUAUUCACCCGAUCAGCCAUCAUGUGUUGCACCAAUGGUUUUCUUCAACUGCUCCAAUGCAAGCCCAGGAGUGAGAGGGUUAGAGUGUCAGAAGAGCUGCAACAUUCUGGAUAUGGCCUGUAUCAGCACAGAGUGCAUAUCAGGCUGUAUGUGUCCCUCUGGACUGGUAUCCGAUGGAAAAGGAGGAUGCAUCAAGCCAGACCUUUGUCCUUGUUCUCACAAUGGAGCAACUUACCAACCAGGAGACAGAAUCAAGGUCGACUGCAAUACCUGCACUUGUAAAGACAGAAAAUGGCAGUGCACAACUAACCUGUGCCUUGGAACCUGUGCCAUUUAUGGAGAUGGACACUACAUUACUUUUGAUGGGAAACGAUUCACUUUCGAAGGUGACUGUGAAUACACACUUACAAAGGACUACUGUGGUAGCAACAAUGCCAACGGCAGCUUCAGAGUCAUCACUGAGAACAUCCCUUGUGGAACGACAGGCACCACCUGCUCCAAGGCCAUUAAGCUCUUCCUGGGGAACAAUGAACUAAUUCUGACAGAAGGGAACUACCAAGUCGUUGAGAGAAAUACAGGGGAGGCGGUUCCUUACCAGAUUCGCACAAUGGGCAUCUACCUUGUGAUUGAAGCCAAUAAUGGGUUGAUUCUCAUGUGGGACAGGAAAACAAGCAUGUUCAUCAAACUGAACCCACAGUUCAAGGGACAUGUCUGUGGUCUGUGUGGAAACUAUGAUGGCAAUGCAAACAAUGACUUCACUGCCAGGAGCCAGGCAGUAGUUGUCAACCCUCUAGACUUUGGAAACAGCUGGAAAGUCUCUGCAAGCUGCCCCGAUGCAAAGAACAAAAGGAGCCCCUGUACUGCCAACCCUUACAGGCAGUCUUGGUCACAGAAGCAGUGCAGCAUCAUACAGAGCAAAGUUUUCACGGACUGCCAUUCUAAAGUGGACCCCUCUCCUUUCUACGAUGCUUGUGUGACAGACUCGUGUGCUUGCGACAGUGGUGGAGACUGUGAGUGUUUCUGUACCGCUGUGGCAGCUUAUGCAGAGGCCUGUAAUGAGGCUGGAGCCUGCAUAGCCUGGAGAAGCCCACAAAUCUGCCCACUGUUCUGUGAUUACUACAACCCCCCUGGAGAAUGUGAGUGGCACUACAAGGCCUGUGGAGCUCAGUGUAUGAAGACCUGCAGGAAUCCCUCCGGGAGCUGCUCAACUCAGAUACCACCUCUUGAAGGUUGUUAUCCAAAAUGUCCUCCUGCUCAACCCUUCUUUGAUGAAGAUAUAAUGAAGUGUGUGGAGAAGGAGCAGUGUGGCUGCUAUGGCAGAGAUGGAAAACACUACAAUAAUGGAGAAAAAGUACCGACCACAGAAAACUGUCAGACAUGGUAUGCCUUUACUUGCACUUGCACCUACAAUGGGAACAAAUACCCCAAUGGGCAUAUCAUCUAUCACACCACAAAUGGGCACGGCAGUUGUAUCACAGCCAUCUGUGGGAAGAAUGGAACCACUCAGAGGGACAUUUACCCAUGUUCAACUCCAACUCCAACUUUAACUCCAUCUGUUCCUAACUCUACUCCAUCCUCUACAGUGACAACAACUGUCUUUACAUUCUCAACACCCACAACUGGAGGAGACUCUGAAACCUACAACAACAUAAGAGCAGAGGGACACGAUAUAUGUGAGAAGCCAAGCAAGAUCCAAUGCAGAGCCGAGAAGUACCCAAAUGUUAGCAUAAGCCAAGUAGGCCAAGUGGUGCAGUGUAAUGUAGCAGAAGGGUUGACUUGCAGAAAUGAAGACCAGUCAGGCAAAUUCCCACUGUGCUUUAACUACCAAGUCCGAGUCCUCUGCUGUGAUGAAGAUCUUUGUACAUCUAAGCCUACAACCAUUUCACCAACAACUACAAGACCACCUGUUACAACAACAACUACAAACGCAACCACCUCCACUAUGUCAACGACCACGUUGAAUACAAAACCCCCUAACUGCACAGUUUGUGAGUGGUCACCUUGGUAUAAUGUGGACUAUCCUCAAUUUGGUCCUGGGGGUGGUGACAAUGAAUCAAUUAAAAAGAUUCUAGAAUCUGGAAAACAUAUUUGUGAAAAACCAGUGGAUGUCAUGUGCCAAGCAGUGCGAUAUCCAGGGAUCCCAUUGUCUGAAUUAGGACAGAAUGUAGAAUGUAAUACAAAGGUUGGACUAAUAUGCCAGAACAAAGAUCAAGGCAUUCCUCCAAUAUGCCUUGACUAUGAAAUUAAGGUGAAGUGUUGCAAGACUGUGAAAUGUCAGACUACAACACCAGCCCAAACAACUAAACCUACUGUCACAACAACAACAAUGUCAGCAUCCACAUUACCUACAACAACAAGUAAACCAACAACAAUCACUACUCCUCCAACCUCAACUCUACCUCUAACCAAAUCUACAACUCCUACCACUACUCCAACACCAAAUACCGCAAUCUUAACAUCGACUGCACCACCUACCACAUCAACAACAGUUACUCCCAUCACUACUCCAACACCCACUACAAAGACCUCAACAUCGACAGUUACAUCGACAACAAAAACAACAACUCAGACUCCCAGCCCUAGUACAACUCCAACCACUACUCCUACAUCAACUUCAUCAGGAGUAACACCUACCCAAUGCAGUGGUGAAGAAACAUGUGUGUGGUCAGACUGGAUCAACCUUGGUCAGCCAACGUCUGGCUCUGAAGGUGGAGAUAAUGAAUCCAUUAAGAACAUCAUUGCUGCUGGUUAUCACAUUUGCUCAGCUCCAGAGGCAGUUGAAUGUAGAGCAAAACAAUUCCCUGGACUUCAGAUCCCUCAGCUUGGCCAAGACGUGACUUGCAACCGAUCCGUUGGACUGAUUUGUCAAAACAGUAAGCAAGGUCCUCAGUCCUCACAUCACUACUCCUACACCCACUACUACAACCUCAACAUCGACAGCUCCACCUACAACAAAAACAACAACUCAGACUCCCAGCCCAAGUACAAAUCCAACCACUACUCCUACAUCAACUUCAUCAGGACUCCAGAGGCAGUUGAAUGUAGAGCAAAACAAUUCCCUGGACUUCAGAUCUCUCAGCUUGGCCAAGACGUGACUUGCAACCCAUCCGUUGGACUGAUUUGUCAAAACAGUAAGCAAGGUCCUCAGCAAAGGUGCUUCGAUUACGAGAUUCGAGUGAAAUCUCCAGAGGCAGUUGAAUGUAGAGCAAAACAAUUCCCUGGACUUCAGAUCUCUCAGCUUGGCCAAGACGUGACUUGCAACCCAUCCGUUGGACUGAUUUGUCAAAACAAUAUGCAAGGUCCUCAGCAAAGGUGCUUCGAUUACGAGAUUCGAAUCUCUCAGCUUGGCCAAGACGUGACUUGCAAACCAUCCGUUGGACUGAUUUGUCAAAACAGUAAGCAAGGUCCUCAGCAAAGGUGCUUCGAUUACGAGAUUCGAGUGAAAUCUCCAGAGGCAGUUGAAUGUAGAGCAAAACAAUUCCCUGGACUUCAGAUCUCUCAGCUUGGCCAAGACGUGACUUGCAACCCAUCCGUUGGACUGAUUUGUCAAAACAGUAAGCAAGGUCCUCAGCAACGGUGCUUCGAUUACGAGAUUCGAGUGAAAUGUCCUCACAUCACUACUCCUACACCCACUACUACAACCUCAACAUCGACAGCUCCACCUACAACAAAAACAACAACUCAGACUCCCAGCCCUAGUACAACUCCAACCACUACUCCUACAUCAACUUCAUCAGGAAAUGGUGAAAGCUGGAAACAUAACCAAUGCACCAACGGAACAUGCACCAAUGGGAAAGUUAGUUAUGAGCAUGUACAUUGUGAGACUCCGAAGCCUAUAGCAUGUGAAAAUAACUAUCCUCCAAUCCAAGUGUUUGACGAAUCUGGAUGCUGUUUCCACUAUGAAUGUCAAUGUAUCUGCUAUGGUUGGGGAGACCCUCACUAUGUCACCUUUGAUGGAACAUACUAUGGCUUCCAAGGAAAUUGUUCUUACGUCUUGGUCAAAGAAAUCCUGCCAAAGUACAACUUCAGUGUUGUAAUCGACAAUUACUAUUGUGAUGCCCCAGAUGGACUUUCCUGUCCUCAGUCUCUGACAAUUUAUUAUCAAUCUUACAAGAUAUUCAUGACCAAGAAGGACGUUGAUGGAGUUUUCACAAGUCUGAUUUAUGUAAACCAGAAACGCAUCAUCCCAGCAUAUGAGACCAAGGACUUCCGCAUCACAGACAACGGAAUUGAGACCCUUUUAGUCAUACCAGCAAUUAAUGCCAAGGUGUCUUUCACUGGUCUUAUGUUUAGCAUAUACCUGCCCUGGGACAAGUUCAGUGGCAACACUGAGGGACAGUGUGGUACAUGUGACAACAACCGGACAGAUGACUGCCGCUUGCCAAAUGGGACUAUCGAUUCAUCUUGUCCUGACAUGGCACACCAAUGGCAUGUUGCUGACCACAAUAACAGUCAGUGCACACCACCACCACCAGAGCCGAUACCAACACCACCACCAGGCUGUGAUCCACCCAUUUGUCAUCUCAUUCAAAGCAAGGUCUUUGAGAGUUGCCAUAAGAUAAUCCCCUACGAGCCAUUCCUUGUGGCAUGUAUCUUUGAUGCGUGUUAUAUGGAUAAUGUUACCAUUGGCUGCACCAGCUUGCAGACCUAUGCUGAUGCAUACUUCACAUGUGAGAAACCCAAGGUUUAUAAAGCCUGCGGUCCACAAGUUGAACCAACCUGUAAUGCCUGGUACAAUUUCAAAUUCAUCCAGACUCAAAAUGAGUUCAAUGCUAAUGAAACCUGGGUGAGCAACUGCCAGGAGUGUGUGUGUGACCCGUACAGUCUGGAAAUCCAGUGCCAGCCUAUGGCAUGCCAACAUCAGCCUCCUCUCACCUGUGAUCAGGAGGGCCAAGUUAAGGUCGUAGAAACCGUUGACUGUUGUCAAAAGGACAAAUGCGAGUGUGAUGUCACACGAUGCUCUACUUCCAAGAUAACUUGCCCAGUCGGAUUCGAGACAGAGGCAACUAUGGGAGUCUGCUGCCUAACUUAUCAAUGCGUGCCAAAGGAUGUCUGUGUGUUUAACAACACUGAAUAUCAGGGCUAUGAUCAUCAAGCCGUCCCUGGGCAGUGUUGUGGGAAGUGUGUACAGACAAGCUGUGUGGUUAUGCUGCCAGAUAACACCACACACACUAUUCAGCCUGGUUCCGUCUGGAUACCAUCGGGAGACAAGUGUCUCAAGUAUGAGUGCGUAAAGAUUCAGGACCAACUCAUCCCAAUCGAGGCUAAGACUGUGUGCCCUGUCUUCCAACCAGAAGACUGCGUACCCGGAACUGAAGUCAUUGCUCCAGAUGGCUGCUGCCAUGUCUGUAUUCCAAUAACUAAGCCAUGCAACGUGACAAAGAGCAAAGUGUACCUGGACAGCAAUGGCUGCAAGUCUGCAAACAAGGUGGAAGUGACAACAUGCAGUGGAUCCUGUGUCACCUACGCCAUGUAUUCUCUUGAGGCCAACAUGAUGGAGCGCUCUUGUACCUGCUGUCGGGAAGAAUCCACCACCAAGAAGGAAGUGGAGAUGAUCUGCCCAGACGGGUCAAAGUUCAACCACCCCUACAUUCACAUCAAUAAAUGUGGCUGCCAGAGGACAGAGUGCGUGACCCCGGAGGAGACCCAGGUCACAAGGUCACGACGCAGGAGAAGAUGA